GAUUGCCUUUGUUGUUUAUAUUCUGGCGAAGGUCAGUGGAAAAGCGAGAAGAGAAAUUUAUUUUUUUUCGUUUCCUCGGAUCUGGCUGCGAGGAAUUUGUUGUGUUACCCUGGCCUCAUCUGAAGAGGAACAACUGGAAGGUGGCUUGUCUCCCCCGCCACGCAAAAAGGCUCGAAAGACCGUCAGUUUGGCGUCUGAAAUGCAUAGGAGACGAACACAUUUGGGAGAUGUUGAAGUUGACGAGUGUGAUACGAGUUCAAAUGGAGAGCUGCUCUCCGUCUCAAAACACAAAGUGCCAUCAAAUCAAGCGAAAUUAAAAACAUUUACGAAGUUCGAGGAGGAUUCAGUGCGAUUGAUAGGCCAGCAUUUACGUGGACUUGGCUUGAAUAGAUCAGCGGAUCUGUUAAUGCAAGAAUCUGGCUGUAGGCUUGAACAUCAAUCCGCCAUAAAGUUUCGAGAAAGCAUUUUAUCUGGCGAUUGGGACAGAGCUGAAUCCUUUCUAAAAGAAGUUAGGUCCUUUUUAGAUGCAUCUGACGAUCUUUUAAAGAAAGUGAGAUUUUUAAUACUCGAACAGAAGUAUCUUGAACUUCUUGAAUGUGGAAAGUCUGUGGAUGCUUUGAGAUGUCUUCGGAGCGAGAUAACCCCGCUUCGUUGUAACAAAGAAAAAAUACACCGUCUUUGUGGGCUGUUGAUGUGUAGUAACAAUGAAGAGUUGUAUCGGAAAGCAAAAUGGAAUGGUAAAGGGCAACAUUCUAGGCAACGGUUAAUGGAAAGGAUACAAGAGUUUCUUCCUUCAUCAAUCAUGCUCCCACCACAACGACUUUACACGUUGCUUUGCCAAGCGCAAGAACUACAAAGAAAUAAAUGCCUUUAUCAUAACUCCAAAUUAGAUCCUAAUCCAAGCUCGUUUUCAUUAUUGACUGAUCAUACAUGUGCAAGGAGGCAACUGCCUUCUGAAACAAAACACAUCCUUACAGAACAUUGUGAUGAGGUACUGUUCUUAAGAUUCUCGCAUGAUGGAACAAAGCUAGCAACUGCCUCGAAAGAUAACACAGUCAUUAUUUGGGAAGUGACAGAAAGUGAUGUUAAAAAACUUCGAGUCUUAGAUGGUCAUGAACUAGGAGCUUAUUACAUAUCAUGGAGUCCUGAUGAUCAACAUUUGAUUGUGUGUGGCCCUGAGGACUGUAAUGAACUGUGUGUCUGGGAUAUUGAGACAGGAGUGUUGAGAUGUAGAGCAACUCAAGCUACUGAAGAUAGUCUGACUGUUUGUUCAUGGAACACGGAUGGCAAACGACUCUAUGCUGGUGGAAUGAGAGGGCAGUUCUUUCAAUGUGAUCUGGAUGGGAAUGUUCUAGAGCAGUGGGAGGGUGUCCGUGUCUAUGGUCUACACUGUUUAAAAGAUGGAAAAACUGUUUUAGCUGCAGAUAGUCAUAACAGAAUUAGAACGUAUAACUUUGAAGAUUUAUCAGAUAAUAAUUUAAUUCAAGAAGAUCAUCCUAUAAUGUCAUUCUCAGUCUCAGAUGAUGGCAGACAUAUUUUAAUAAAUGUUGCCUCACAGGGUCUCCAUCUUUGGGAUGCUAAAGAUCGAUUACUAUUGCGAAAAUAUCAGGGAAUAACUCAUGGUUUUUAUGUAAUUUACUCUUGCUUUGGUGGACUAAAUCAAGACUUCAUCGCAAGUGGUAGUGAAGAUCAUCAAGUGUAUAUAUGGCAUAUCAAACAUAGCGAUCCUAUCUUGGUUCUAAGUGGACACACAAGGACAGUAAACUGUGUCCACUGGAAUCCACAGAUACCAAGCAUGCUAGCCUCUGGAAGUGACGAUGGGACAGUCAGGAUAUGGGGGCCUGGGGACAUAUUAGAACCAAGUAGUUCCAGUGUUAGUACUGCUGUGUAAUUACUGUGAAUAAACACAUUAAUAUGGUAUAUAUUAUUAUUAUAGGUAUGUUAUUAUUAAUACACGUUGUAUGUAUCUCUUGUGUCUUCACUUUUUUAAACAGAUUUUUAAGAUGUUAUUAAGUGUGGAUAAGACAACAGAUUGUGAUGCUAAUAUAUAAGAAGUGAGAAUCUCUCUAAUAUCAGAUGUCACCAUCUGUCAAGAGACACUCAAUGACCCCUACACUACCUACCCACCCACCUACCAACUGUUACAAUGUGUUUGUAACACUGAUGUAACAACCAGUGGACUCAGUAUAAAUCUGGGGUUACGAAUACCUUGAAAGAAUCACUCCAGUUAUAUAUAUCGAGCUCACUGACAAAACUUAAACUACUUUUAUAUAAUCAAAUUUACUUUUAUACUUUACAAUAUUUCGUUGUGGGUGUCAUGUGCCAAUUUCAAAUACAAUCCGACUUGACGGAUAAGUUGAAUGGCCAGAAACAAGUUUUUGCAAAAAGGGUCAAUUUUAGUAUUUAUAGGUAUGGAAUUGAUAUUGAAGCUG